AUGGUGGAAGAAGUCCUCCGUCGAGGUGAGAUCCUGUACUGGCAGGACGUCGCCGAGUGGGUAACAGCGGAACGCGCGAAGGUUGACAUGGAGGAGUUACAAGGGAGAUACCCAAGAAAAAUCGUCCGGGCCUUGUUUUCAAGCAUCGAGGAGUCCGGGACUUCACGCUUGGUCAGUCAAGAGCCAGCACAAGGAGACGCACGCGAGCGGGAACUCUUCCUCUUCCCAAAAACCCUUGGGGACGAGCAUCUCGUUGACUUAAUGCUGCGUGCUCGCCGUAAUGCACCCGUACAGCCACCACCCAGCCAGCUAGCGGAAAAGGGCGGGUCUCUCAAGUCGAUCCUGGAGCAAGUCGACAAGGACAAGGAGGACGCAGACGCAAGGAUGUCCGUCGUGCGGGCAGCUGGUAGAAUUGUUCGAGCCGACGUGGCGAGUGAGCCUGCCCUGAAGAACACCCCCGGGACACGCGAGAAGCAUCGCUACGCCGAUGAGUUGGACAUGAAAGUAAAGCAACCCAGAGAGACUCUGCUAUCUGCGUUUCCUCCGGCCUUGGUUGGGUUAUACCAAAGCAUGACGGACAUGGCACUGUAUCGCGAGAUCAUCGCAUCGGAGACCGAACAUCCUCGAAAGCCCUGGGUAUGGGAGACCGCAGGGCGAGACGGACGGCACCCUACCACCUCGGGCGACUCGGAGGGCGAGGACGGUGAUGGAGAAAAGAAGAACGACGUCAGUCAAGGAGAAGUGACAGUGUCGUUAGGGCCACGAACCGAGGAACAGGCCAGGCAUAUCGACAGCCUUAACCGCGGUAGGCGAUCUACGCAUCGUAGGCUUCUAUUGAUGUGUACGGUGGUGGUGAAGGCAAUUUUGUGUGGUCGGCACAUGGGUUCGCACAACAUCAAAGGGGCUCAGUGGGCAAAGUCUAGGGGAGCCGGGGAUCUCUUACGGUGGAGGACGUCAUUCUGGGGCCGGAGCGGGACCGGGAGGACGGAGCACGGCGGUAUAACGAGUUUCCGGCGGAACUCUACCGCGGCGUAUUCACUGAGGCGCGGAACAACUCCGACAGGUCUGCGGCAGACACAUGCGUCGAGUCUGAACUCCGCAAGGUAA